CAACAUCUUUGUGGUUUAUAUGCACGUUUAAAGCACGUCCUUUAGUUUUUCAUUUCAUUUUGUCACCAUGCUCCUGCUGCUACUCCUCGCUGUAAUCGUGACUAGUCAGGCUCAGAGAGUCCCAGGUCAACUGAAGAAUGAUUCCUGUGUGUGUAAAGUAAACAGCUCCAUCUGGAGCUUCCCUGCGGCACGGUUCCUGGACGUCACAACACAGAUCCAGAUCUGUGAGAACAACCUGGAAGAGUUUCGGAACCAGGUCUCAAAUCAAAAUGAAGAACUGCCGAAGAUGAAAGCCACCAUUAAAAACAUUACAGACCGUCUGAAGCGCUUUGAUUAUCUUCAAACAAGUGGACUGUACAACGCUCUUCACCUGCGGCAGCUGAACCAAGAACUCCAGAAUAUCCAUCGUGCUAUUGAAGAAACACACAUGCACAAUCCUGAAGAGGCACAAAAAUUGCUUGAUGAGCUGAGUAAAGCAAAGAGCGAUGUCCAAAAGAUGUACAAAGAUGACACAUUCAAUCUCGACACAAUGAAGAAGAGGUUACGUGACCUCAGCAAUCGCGUACAGACCUGUCGAACCUUACCAUACGAUUUUAGAAGUUCUUGUCAUCAGCGUAUCAUGACCAACAUAAGCUCUCCAAAAGUCACCAAACUGAAUUCCUUCAGUAAGUCGUACAUCUCUGGUGCGUGGGGCCGAGAUGCCCAACUGAACAGCAAGAAAAUCUACUGGGAGCACUGCCUGGUCAGUGGAAACAAACACGGCAACACAAUCAGAAUUUACAACUCAUACGAAGAUUUCAUGGCGAGCAAGAACUACAAGGACGAACCGAUAGCACCGGCUUAUACUGACAAGAAUGCCGUACAGGGUUCAGGCACUAUAUUGUACGAUAACACUGUGUUUUACCAAUGCUACACCAAAGCUGAGAUUUGCAGUUACAAUAUUACAACAAAGACGACCAAGCGUAUGAAUAUAGAUGGUGCUGGUUUCGAAAACAAAUUUCCGUUCUGCUACUACAGCUGUCGUGAUUGGACAGACUUUGAUCUGGAAGCGGAUCAAGGCGCUGUAUGGGUGAUAUACGCCACGGAGGAGAACCACGGCAACAUCGUUGUGAGCCGAUUGGACCCGAUUGAGCUCAAUAUCACGCAUACCUGGAAAACACAUUUGUUUAAGAGAUCUGUCACUAGCACGUUUAUGGUGUGCGGUGUCUUGUAUGCGACACGUUUUGUUAAUACUUAUCAAGACGAGGUAUUUUAUGCCUUUGAUACUGCCACCGGUCAGGAGAUAAACACUCUUUCUUUACCUUUUGAGAAAGUUGCAGCGGGUAUAGCCAAUCUGAAUUAUAACCCAGUUGACCGGAAACUUUACAUGUAUAAUGAUGCUUAUCUUUUAGCAUAUGACACCUUCUUCUGAGUUUUGAAUAUGCAGGUGCACAAUAAAAGUUACUUAUUAAUGUG